UAGUAGCGCAGCUGUGUGUGUCAUACGGCACAUACGCACUUAUGGAUUUGUCAAGAUUCAACUUUAUGAGAUUAAUAAAUGCAACAAAAUUAAUACUAAUACCAGAAUCUGGUUUUGCUCCUUGUUUAGAUUCAGACAGAAGUGAAGAGCUGGGGAAACCAUCUUCAGAGCAGGACCGGGGCCAAAGUGGCGGGCUGUGGAUUUACGUGGUGUCGCAGUGAAGAGACGAUGAGAGUUCACGCACACACCAAGUUUUGCUUUUUCUGCGUCUUCACCCUCCUCUUCCAUCAGUGCACACACUGUCAUGAAGGUGACCAUCACCACCACCACCACCAUCACCAUCACCACCACACUGAUGACCACGACCACGACCAUGUCCACAAUGACCACCAGAUAUCAAGGGAGUCUUACGUGAGCCCACGAGAUCACCCAGCGCCCAAGGACCAGAAAGAAGCUGCAGAGCAAGAGCAGCAGUUCUACAUCCAGCAGCUGUUCCGCCGCUAUGGCCAGCAGGACCGGCUCGACUUCAGUGGCUUCCAGAACCUGCUGCUGAGUCUGGGGUUAGGCGAGGUGCGAGUGGUGGAGCUGGACCAUGACAACUUGGGCCAUGACCACGUUGCCCACCUGGACCUUCUGGAAGUGCAGGAAGGACUGCAUUCGCAUUCAGCUGGUCAUUCACACCCGAAGCAUUCUCAUCACAACCACCACCAUCAUUCUCAUGGAGAGGCUGAUGGAAGCUCAUGUAGCCCCAAUGUCACUGCAGUAGCCACACCUACUGCAGAGAGCAAGCCUCACGGACGGAAGGGUGAGCACGAUCACGACCACGAUCAGAAAACUGACACUCGAAGCGUUGAACACGAUCACAUACACAACAUUCACGAACACUCGCAUGAUCACUCACACGACCAUGAUCAUGAACAGGACAGUACUCCGACUGAAACCCCCGACCAUGACCACGCACAGGACAGUCUUGAGCGCUCACACGUUCACUCACAUGACCACACAAAGAAACAAACCAGCGAGCAAAUGCAGGAAACCAAUGACCUUACCGCAUCAUCUUUAGAAAGCACCUUCCCCAGUAGCCAUGAAGACAAACCACAGCCUCAUCACCAUGGCCAUCACCACCAUGAACACCCCCACCCUCAUCACUACCACCACACUCCAGAUCAAAUGAGGCCUACACAGAUGACCUCGCCAUCCCUUCAGAUUAGCAAUUCAGAGGUGCUUGCUGGGCAGCCCUCCGGCCAGCGUCCUACCUCUACGCCCAAGAGGUUCAGGAGGCUAGAAAAGGGUAAGGGACAGCGUGGACGAAGCAGCCCUUCCAUGAGCCCUGUAGUGGAGGAUGAGCUUGACCAUGAGCAUCAUUUGCACCAUCAAGGACCAUCCAGCAAAAAGAAACGCGCAGUACCAGAAGAGCUCAUGAGUUCAAACUCCUCCUUGGCUGGUCGGUUUGAGGACAAGCCUCACCAACAUGAGGAGUGCCUAAAUCUUACCGAGCUGCUGCACCACUACGGCUUGAGUUCCGACUCGCUCAUCUCGCCAGCGCAGUUCACCUACUUGUGCCCCGCUUUGCUCUAUCAGAUAGACAGUCGCCUCUGCAUCCUCCAUUAUCACCAGGUCGACGUUCAGGAAGCGCCUCAGAUCUCAGCAUGGAUCUGGGUGUGGGGCUUCGUGUCCAUCACCGUGAUCAGCCUGCUGUCCCUGCUGGGCGUCGUGCUGGUGCCCAUCCUCAAUCAGUCCUGCUUCAAGUUCCUGCUCACCUUCUUGGUAGCGCUGGCAGUGGGCACGCUGAGUGGCGAUGCCCUCCUCCAUCUGCUGCCUCACUCUCAAGGAAGCCAUGACCACAGUCACGGCGAGCACGGGCACGAGGCUGACGACAUGGAUCUGCUCACAAAGUUCGACGGCGUGUGGAAGGGUCUGACUGCGCUGGCAGGAAUCUACCUCCUGUUCAUCAUCGAGCACUGCAUCAGGAUGAUCAAACAUUACAAAGACCAUGGGGGCGGCUUUUGUCGGAGGAAAAAGAGAGGUGAGGAUGGGAAGAUCGGGAAAAAGCUGUCAGACCACCAACUAAACAGGCGUUCAGAUGCGGAGUGGAUGCAUUUAAAACGUUUAGAUGACGCUUCCCAGAGCGACACGCCGAUGAUGGAACCGCAGCCUCCAGAUUCUCCCAGCAAGACUCCUCUGGCCAUCACGGACACGGAGCAGCCUGCAGCCGCAGAGGAAACCAGCAAGAUGGUCAAAACAAAGAAGCACGGCCACGGUCACGGCCACUCACAUCAGGGCCACUGCCACUCGGAGAAGGAAAUGAAAGAUGCUGGCAUCGCUAGCAUCGCCUGGAUGGUCAUCAUGGGAGACGGCAUGCACAACUUCAGUGAUGGGUUAGCUAUAGGUGCUGCGUUUAGUGCCAACAUUACGGGGGGCAUCAGUACAUCUGUCGCUGUCUUCUGCCAUGAAUUACCUCAUGAACUGGGUGACUUUGCGGUGCUGCUGAAGGCCGGUAUGACAGUAAAGCAGGCUAUUGUGUACAACCUGCUGUCAGCUCUCAUGGCCUACUUUGGCAUGGUGAUCGGCACAGCUGUGGGUCAGUACACACACAACGUCACAAGCUGGAUUUUUGCCAUCACUGCCGGCAUGUUCCUUUAUGUGGCCUUGGUGGACAUGAUGCCCGAGAUGCUGCACGGCGAUAGCGAAGAUCACAAGCGCUGCCAGAUGGGACACUUUGUCUUGCAGAACGUAGGCAUGCUCACAGGUUUCGCCAUCAUGCUGCUCAUCGCCAUCUUCGAGGACCGUAUAGUGUUUGACUUCGACUUCUAGCUUCAUCUCCACGCCAGCAGCGUCCUCCCUCACAACAUGGCACGAAGCAUCCUCACGUCUCAGUUCGUGUCCUUGUGUUUUCAUAUGCUCUCUACGAGGGCCUCUGUGGCUUAUAACGGACCAGCAGACAAGAACAUUUACAAUCCGGCUUCAUUUUACCCUUCGGUCAAGUUUGGGUUUAAAACCCGAGUAAGCACAAUACAGAUGCAGAAACAUGCAGUAAACGUCUCUCUCUGUCCUCAAAAGCUCAAAGCGCAUGUCUCAGUGCUUGUCCUAACACGUGUAUCAGUACGCAAGCAUCAUCCUAAUAUCAUAUCAGUGAGAAGGAAGUCUGAGAAUUGAAGGAUUUUUCCUUCUAUUCCUAAUAUCAUGAUGACGAUCCGACUGUUGAGAGAGGCAGCUAGCGCAGACAUCCAUCCGUCUAAGUCUAGUAGUGCAGAGUUGUCGUUGUUAUUUGUAGCGCACUUGCAAGCCCAUUCAUGAAGAAGUGUACCGUCUCUUGCCGUGUUUUGUCUCAUGUUGUCAUGUUGUGGCUAACGAGCCACUAAAAAAAUCUUUAAAUACUGUCCCAGGAACGGACGG